CGCUGUCGUCGGUCGCUGCACCGUCAUGGAUAACCAGCCCAUCAUGUCGUCGGCGUCUGAAAGUGUGGACUCGCCGUACGGGGCCGAAGCUGCGCAAGGCAAUGAAGAGAUGUCACCCGUGGACGCCAACACGUACGCCACCAGGAAGACGUUGGCUCAGGGUUGCCUCGACGUCGCCCUGCUCACAAUGAACGCGGCGCAGCUGAAGCACACGUUGGAGCGGGGCACUCGACACCCCUUUUACACCCUCGUCAUAUCGCUUGCCAGCGUCUCCAUCGCAUUGCAGGCUGUCGUUGCGGUUCCUGCUGAUCUUGCUCGGAUGUCUGGACCUCGGCAAACCGCGCCACCGGGGCCCUGCGGUCGUGCUCAACAACGUGGCGACGGUGUUCGUCGUGUCAGUGACGAUGGUCAACGUCCUCGGCGCCGCGUUCGAUCUGACCCACAGCGACUACGAAUCUCGGAUACCGAUGGCCCUUCCCGGAACCGAGUCGGUCCGCGAGCUCACGACGCAGGGCGUUUGAGAUGGCCGCCCAUUCGCCUAUUCGAAAAAGUGUAAAGGGUGAAUUUUUUUACAAUGCUGCCAGUCCCAUUUCGACACCACAAUGGAUGGGCAUAAUAUUACAAACUAAUGUUUGAUGUAGACAUGUACAGCAAUAACAAAAAAAAAUCUAAAGCACGAACGACAAUUGUAAUCGAUUACAGUUACAAAACAAAAUGGUAAGCAUAAUCAAGUUUGUCAAUAUGCUAGUAGUACAAGCAGAUUUGAUGAGUAUGUUGACUAUAAUAAUGUUAUUGAAAAGGCACAAGUCACAAAAAUAGUACAGUUCUUGUUACAUUGAGUAUACGUACUACAAUGUUGCAAAAAAGAAAAAAAAAACAAAGUAAGUGUUAGCUAUAGUUCAGAAAGUGAAAGUUAUAAUUAUACAUAAAUUAAAACUUUUUUCUAUCUAUUUAAUUUGUCUUCCACUAACUUAACAAAUUCAGACAGCGCUACUGUGUUAGUCGUAGGUGCAUCUAGGUUAUUCCAUUCAUCAACCACAUGGGGGACAAAUGAAUACAGAAAAGCAUCGUUAUUGCUAAAGUACCCUUUUAGUUUAUCAACAGAGAUGCUUUUAAAGUUUCGUAGUCAAAGGGAUGGAGGUCGCACUGAGACUAUGCUGAUGUUGUCACAACAGGUAGUCGACAUUUGCAACAAGUAAACGUAUUUAGCCACAUAUAACCUAGACUAGCCAACAUUAGUUAAAGCUAGCACGUACUGCGGGCCCAUACAGUACCACUGAAUAGAGACUACCACUCUCCCGUGUUGGUCCUUCCUUAUUGGUCAAUUCUGUCUGUCAGUGAACGAAGCGAUUACCCAUGGCACUACGGUACUACGAGCAAUUUUCAUUGGCUUCUUGGAAAUGCGUAAGGGCUCUUCAAAUGAGCCGCGCAAAGCGUGACGACACGGAGCAAACGGAAUAGCAUUCAGUAUUCCUUAGUAUAGUAUAGGCCCCCUGGUAGCAAUGCGAGACUUAGCAAGGUGCUGUGCUAGUAUGCGCUGCCUCCGGGAUCGGCCCACAUUUUGUGUUAGAAAUGAGGCAACAUACCACGUUAUAGCAUGCCGGUGUAAAGAAUCCACGAGAAGAGGCCAAAUAAAAAAUUGUCAACAA